CGGAAGAAGGCGGUGUCAGCCAGCUCGGAGAGUUUGUGCCACGCAGACAGUCGCGCAAAGAUGUCUGAGCGGUCCAUCAUUUGCUUCAUUCUGUACCUUCAGAUCUCCAGCUUCUUCCUCGAUUUCGUUGACGCAAGUGAAUCAAACGAUGAGGUGAAAAUCGAGGUGCUAUAUUUGCCAGAAAACUGCACUCAAAAAGCCAGAAAGGGCGACCUGCUGAACGCGCACUACGAUGGGUACCUCGCCAAGGACGGCUCUCAGUUCUACUGCAGUCGUUCUGCUAAAAGUGGUGACCCCCACUGGUUUGUUCUGGGUGUUGGGGAUGUGAUAAAAGGUCUGGACUUGGGGCUGAAAGACAUGUGUCCUGGCGAGAAGCGAAAAAUCACAGUUCCACCCUCGCUUGCCUUUGGAGAACAGGGGAAACAUCCUGUGCCACCCAAUGCAACUGUGAUCUUUGAGGUGGAGCUUCUGCAUGUAAGACGAGGACCACGCAGCAUUGAAGCUUUUAAAGAAAUGGACAUCAACAAUGACCGUAGUCUGACGAAAGAAGAGGUGUAUCAGCACUUGAAGAUGGAAGCGGCGAAGUUAAAGGUGCAGAAAGAAGAGUCCUACUUUCAAGACGUCGUCACCGAUGUGUUCCGUAGGAACGACAAAGACGAAGACGGGACUUUGUCAGUAAAGGAGUAUAAUGUCUACGAGCAUGAUGAGCUGUAGCUGCCACUAGAACCUGCACUACCUCACAGACAUUUUAUUAUGCAGUUGGUGCGUUGGACUGAAGAGCAGGAGUUUGAUAAAACAUCCCUAAGGCCAUAUCAAUUUAAAUAAACAUGAUUUUUGAUAAUUAA